CACCGUGGUUGUGAAUAGAAAGCCAGCGGACCCACAAUGCCAGGCGGGGGAGCCCCUUUCUCAUCAGAACAGCAGAGCAUCACCGCCUCCUCGCACAGAAACAGACAAACGGGCAGGAGAGAAAUGCAAAGGGAUGUAAGAUGGCAGAGCUACAAAUGCUAUUAGAGGAGGAAAUCCCUGCCGGUAAAAGAGCGCUCGUGGAAAGCUACCAGAAUCUGUCGCGGGUAGCGGAAUACUGUGAAAACAAUUAUGUUCAGGCUCAAGACAAAAAGAAAGCCCUGGAGGAGACCAAAGCCUACACCACCCAGUCUCUGGCCAGUGUUGCCUACCAAAUCAAUGCCUUAGCAAACAAUGUGUUGCAGCUGCUGGACAUCCAGGCCUCGCAGCUGCGCCGCAUGGAAUCCUCCAUCAACCACAUCUCCCAGACUGUGGACAUUCACAAGGAGAAAGUAGCACGUCGAGAAAUUGGCAUCCUGACCACAAAUAAGAACACUUCCCGAACUCACAAGAUCAUUGCCCCGGGAAACAUGGAGCGGCCGGUGCGCUACAUCCGGAAACCCAUCGACUACACCCUGCUGGAUGAUGUGGGACACGGUGUCAAAUGGCUCAAAGCCAAGCAACAUGGAAACAAUGCAGCAGGCCGAGGAGGGACCAUUUCCAGAACUAACCCACCCUCGCAGAAACCUCCUAGCCCUCCAAUGGCAGGUCGUGGCACACUUGGACGUAACACUCCCUACAAGACAUUGGAGCCUGUUAAGCCUCCAGUGGUGCCUAACGACUACAUGACGAGCCCAGCCAGACUGGGCAACCAGAACAGUCCUGCACGCACAGCUUCGCUCAACCAGAGGCCAAGGACGCACAGUGGCAGCAGUGGUGGGAGCGGUGGCAGGGAGAACAGUGGAGGCAGUGGAGUCGGCAUUCCUCUUGCAGUUCCCACCCCGUCUCCUCCCAGUAUGGGACAAGUGGUCACAUCCUCAGCUGCUGUGCCUCAGGGCCCCGGCUUGGGCCCCAUCCCAAUGUCCCAGUUUGGUACCAUCUCCCGUCAGAUUUCCCGCCACAACUCAUCUACGACCUCCUCUGCCUCCAUGGUGUCAGCCACCGGCACUUACCGCCGGGCCCCCUCUGUUUCCUCCCAGCAGCCGCACAUCAACGGGGGUCCAGCGUUCUCACAGAACUCAGUGUCUGUGGCUCCUCCACCUCCUCCUCCUGUGGUCCAGCUGACCCCUCAGAUCCCUCUGACUGGCUUUGUGGCCAGAAUGCAGGAGAGCAUAACAGACAGCCCAGCGCCGCCGCCUCCCCCUCCUCCAGAGGACGUGGGUGUGUUUGAGGAUCCCGCCCCGCCCCCACCUCCUCCACCUGUUGACUACGAGGAGGAAGACGCUGCUGUGGUCCACUAUAGUGAUCCCUACGCUGAUGGAGACCCCCACUGGGCCCCCAAGGCGUACUUAGAGAAAGUUGUGGCCAUCUACGACUACACGAAGGAUAAGGAGGACGAGCUGUCCUUCAUGGAAGGAGCCAUCAUUUACAUCAUUAAAAAGAACGACGACGGCUGGUUUGAAGGCGUCUGCAACGGCGUCACGGGACUUUUUCCUGGAAACUACGUCGAAUCAAUCAUGCACUAUGCCGACUAAGAGAGAAAAAAAAACAACCUAAUCAUACAAUUUGUGGCCCCCAGUUUCAGCCAGAGGUGAAGAUGUACAGUUGUAUGCAGCUCAUCCUGUUAUGAACGAAGUGCUGCGGUGAGUUUUUGAGUUACAUCUCUGAAAGGUUGGGGUCUGCUCGUUUACACUGGAAACAAAAGGGAGGACGUACGUAGGACAAACUUUUUCGAGCGCUAUUACCUUUUUUCCAAGCAUGUAGGGUUCUUUUGUCUCACCAAAUAAAGUAAAAAAGAAAAAAAAAAAACUCGACCAUGGUGGAUCUUACUGUAAAGCUCCGUCGUAUUUACCUAAAUCCAGUCAGAGGAUCCUGUGUAGCAUUCCUGUGAUAAAAUGCUUCUUUCUCUUUACAAACACUUUAGAGUAUCAGACCCUCCUCCUUCUGAAGAAAAAAAAACACUACUUUUCAUGUCCAGGUUGUCAAAAAAGGUGAGCGUUCACACAAAUUUACAGAUAAAAAAAAGACAUAAUGGAAAUGUAUAUAAAUUGUAUUGUGACCAACUGUCAGUGCAUUUAUCAGUGUGUAUCACCAGUGUUUCCAUCGCUCAGUGGAAGUGGUGCCAAGAUGGGAUGCUUCUUCUGUCAUCUUACCUAUAUCCGGGCAAAGUUAUUGUGUAAAGGCAUUUAUUUUUUAUGAUAAGCCACAAAUGAAUCCUUGAAUUAUUGCCACUGCGUUCGGAGACGCUGUUGCACAGCUCCAUGCAAACAAACAAGCUUGUAUUUAGCUUCACAGUCGGUUUUUAUUGUAGUAUAGCAACAUUUAGUUUAGUUAAUUUCUCCUUUUCCUAUUCUUUGCAUGGUUGCCGGUGUGGUGCUUCUCCAUUGGUGCUCAGUGACCACGAUAACCCAAGCAACCUCAAAAAAACUACCAAGAACUGACCAAGAACUUUAGUUUCCUCAUAUCGACCUUACAUUUGAUUGUAAACUGGCCUCAUCAAACCUGUUUUGUAGUGAAUGUUGGCGACUCGGCACACGAAUGACUUCUGCUGCCCACGGCGAGGGAAUGAAACAUGGAGACUGCCCCUUCCACAGUGUUUUGUGGUGCAAACGAAACCUUUGAAGUCAAUGCCUGUCCUCAUAGUGUACGUUUGUAAUACAUAUCUUCCAAUGAACAUUUCAUGGAUGUAAAGGUAACAGUUUCUGGUUUUAGAUGUGUAAAAAAAAAGGCAGCAUUCAUUGAGCCUUUGAGAAAGGAAAGUAUUGUCAUUACGGUAAACUGCAUCUCAUUUAGUAUUUUUUACCAUCAUGAGGUCGUUUUUUUUGUGAGAAAUCAACUUUUUCUAACUGAUCUAUUUCUAGCUUUGCAUUCUUUUUAUGUCCAAGACUGCUGAGGAAUGUUUGCCAGCAGUUUGUAUGUGAAGGAUUUAUUUAUACGUUUUUUUUUUCCAUAAAAAAAAAAAGAAUCAUAUGACGAUCACUGGCAUACAGAAAAUUUGUAAUGUUUACCACUGAAACGUUUCAGGGCAUCAUGGGAGAAGACACCUUCUUCAGAUGUGUUUUUCUUCUGAUCAAAUGUGGAAUAAAAAAAAGAAAUAUUCAUGGGAACAGAAUCUGAUGUGUGUCCUAUGUAUAUAGAUUGUGGUCAUUUAAAUUUAUGUACAGUCUUUUUGUAAUAAAAAGCUCAUUGAAGCACA